CUGUCUUCUUCCUUUUGGUGUUUCAUCGUCUCCUCUUCUCUGUUUCCGCUUUUGAGAUCUGUGUUUGUAUACUAGUUUUCCCGGUCAGAUUUUUGAAACUCAAGUGAGAAAUGAAGGUAGUGGUGGUGGUGAAGGUUGACGUACAUGACGAUAGAGAAAAGCGAAAGGCCAUGAAAGCAGUCUCUACUCUUUCAGGAAUCGAUUCCAUCGCCAUGGAUAUGAAGGAGCAGAAAAUGACAGUAAUCGGAGAAGUGGAUCCUGUAGAUGUAGUUGGCAAAUUGCGGAAGCUUUGGCGUACGGAGAUGGUAUCUGUUGGACCACCGAAAGAGCCUGAGAAGAAGCCAGAAGAGAAGAACAUCGCCGACCUCGUUAAGGCAUAUGACGCUUAUUAUACUACUCCGUAUAGGACACAAUACUAUGCCCCGGUUGUCUACAGUGCAGAGGAGAACCCCAACGGUUGUGUUAUCUGUUAAUUGGGAGUGUUUAGG